ACGUUGGCUGCCAUAGAAGAAAAAUUUUUUUUUACAUAAAAAGUUUUUGAUGAAAUUUGGCGCGGAUUGUUAAGAUAUGAAAAUUUAUCUAAUUUAAAGUGAAAUCGGUUCGAUAGUUUUCAAAAUAUUUUCAAAAAACCUGACGAGGUCACCGGUGACCUGCAUGGCGCUGUGAACCGAAAAUAUGAAAAACCGUUACGAAGGCGCCGGAGUGACCGCAACCCCGGUCACCCGCUCCCCGCAGUCGUACGCCAACACUGGAGGAGCGCGCACGGUUAUAUUUUCAGUUUUGUUUCGUUUUUUCGUAACGCUGAACGUUUAUGAAUCAUGGAUAUUGAAACUUUAGAUUUGGAAGAUUUUAAUAUUACCCAAGAAGAUUUACGUGACAUCGAUUUACUUGAAGCUAGUAUUUUUGAAAAGAUAAGACGGGAUUGUGAUUUGAGCGAAAGUCAAGAUACAGAUAGCGAAGAGAUUAUUCAUGUUCCGAGAAAGCGCAGACGUAUUUUUAUUACAAGUGAUUCCGAGACAGAAUGCGAUCCCGUGAAAAAGUUAGUUACAGAAAACAUACCUAGUUUGAGUGGAAGUACAUCACAAAAAUGGGUUGAACCAAAGGGGCACCAACCAUCUGUUAUCGCCUUUACAGAGCCAACAGGAAUGAAGGAACCAUAUGCCAGUCAACUGCGGAAUGCUGCCCAAGGAGAAUAUUUCAGCCUGAUGGUACCAGAUAACAUCUUCGAAGAAAUCGCAGUUCAGACUAAUUUGUAUGCAGAACAACGAGAAAGAAGUGUAAAGCCUUCGUCACGUUCACAUAAGUGGAAACCAACUACAAAAGAUGAGCUUAAACGAUUCUUUGGCUUAAUAUUAUACAUGGGUCUUGUGAAGUUGCCAAAAAUCAGUCUUUAUUGGAGUACAGACCGUGUUUACAGGCAAACUUUUCCUCCAACUGUCAUGAGCCGAAACAGAUUCGAAAUAUUAUUGCAGAAUUUGCACUUUACAAAUAACGAAACAGCUGAUCCUAAAGAUAGAAUUUGUAAAAUACGACCUCUCAUCGACAAAUUAAACGAGAACUUUGAAAAACACUAUGGGCCUAAGGAAGAUGUCUGUGUCGAUGAAACGCAGGUCCCAUUCAGAGGCCGUAUAAUCUUUAGGCAAUAUAAUAAGAGCAAAAGACACAAGUAUGGAAUGAAAUUAUUUAAACUAUGUACAAUACCAGGCUAUACAUGCAAAUUGCAAUUGUAUGCAGGUAAAAAUAACGAGGUUUUAAAUACCUCACCCACAAAAGUUGUGAUGUCUUUAUGUGACCACAUAUUAAGUUUGGGACAUACAGUUUCAACAGAUAAUUGGUAUACUAGUAUAGACCUGGCAAACCAACUUCUUGACAAAGAUACUCAUUUGGUCGGAACCCUGAGGAAAAAUAGGAAAGGUUUGCCUAAAGCAGUGGUAGAGGCUAAAUUAAAACCAGGUGAAUAUAUUGCAAUGGAAAAUGAACGUGGCAUAUGUGUGCUAAAAUGGAAAGACAAACGGGAUGUGUUGAUGCUAUCGACAAAGCACUCAAAAGGGUUCUCAAAGGUUACUAAAAAGGGCAGGACAAUUCGAAAACCAAGAAUGAUAAUAGCUUACAAUAAAGCAAAAGGAGCGGUCGAUAUGAGUGACCAGAUGACUGCGUAUUCGUCGCCAUUAAGAAAAACAGUAAAAUGGUACAAGAAAUUAGGAAUUGAAGUUAUUUUAAAUACAGCUGUUGUAAAUGGAUGGAUUAUGUACACUGAAAAUAAAAAAGUUAAAGAAAGUAUAGUAGAGUACAGAAGGCAGUUAGUGGAGUAUCUGGUAGAUUCAGGAAAGGAUAGUGAAAACCCCGAAAAUACUGAAAGACCGAAACGACUGAAGCACCAGUUGGAAAAGCGAGAGGGCAAUGUUAGAAACACAAGACGUUUCUGUUCAGUAUGCUACAAAAAAAACACUGCAAUACUCGGUUAUAAAAUUGCCAAGAAUAAAACAAAGAAAGUUGCGACAUACUGCAAAGAAUGUCCAAAUGAACCAUAUUUUUGUUUGGCUUGUUUUAAUAAGUUUCAUCGUUAUGGUUAAGCUUUUUAAUUCGACAUUUUAAUGUUAUUUUUGAUUGAUACUUUUGAAUAUAAUAAUUGAUGCGCUGUGAUUUUCAUACUAAAGUUGUUUUAUUUUUCCUUCAACUAAAAUUUCAACCCUUAUGAUUUGAGCUCAUAAGUACGUGUAGAACAUUUGAGAUUGAAAUAGUAUUAUUCUAUUAUAUUAUUCUAUCAUAUAAGCUAUCCCUAUGCUAAGUUUUACUAAAAUUAAGCUUAUGGAUAAGUGAUAAAAGCACAAACAAGUUGUUUUUUACUUAUCACAAACUGUCAUGUUCAUCAUUUUAGAAAUAUUUUCGAAAUAAAAUUAGGUAGGCAGGAACCACGGCAAUGAAGUAUUCUACAGCGCCACUCCGGUCACUUCAGUACAUAAAAUGUAUUAGAAACGCAUCCUCCGGCGCACAAAUUCGUUCCAAAAACAGGUUUACCUUGAGGUCACCGGUGACCGUAAUGGCGCGUAGAUGUAGGUAGGCGUCCGGUCACCGGUGACCGGGGUGGCAGCUAACGUGUUAAUAUU